CCUAAAUAAUACUCUAUUGCAACGUCUACUAUCAAUAGAAUCCUAAACAGACAUGAAAGUGAACAUGCCACAAAUAUACUGCAUAUGUACCUCAAACCACCAAAACUACCCUACCUUACCCUGCAUCACAUACAAGAAAAAUGGACAAGAACGAAAUGCAAGCUUCUGUUGCAAGGCUGAUUGCAUGUACGUAAGUAAAAGCAUCUCUUUCUGCUCUCUUUUCCCAUUUAUUUCUUCCAUUUCAAGCCAGACAGACGGACUCCCAUACGCCGUUCGUUGCUCUUUUCUUUCAUUCUUUCAUUCUUAUUUCUUUUUCCUCCUUUUCAAUUUUUGGGGUUCGUUGGGUUUGGUCUUCGUAAGGUCCUAUCCGCCCCUUAUGGUGCUCACUUUUCCAGGGAAGAUGGGUGAUCAUUGAUGGGGCGCGUAUCGGUAGGGAUGUUGAUGCCUGCCAUUGCUAGAUGCGGAACCAGCCCUUGUAGGUAGGCUUCCACCCAUACAACAUGACUUCAGUUCCCCUGGCUUGGCACAAGGAACCGGAUAUGGACUGGAAACAUAUCAUAUAUCCAG